AUGGCCUCUGUGACUGUCAAGAAAGCCAGGUUGAAGGUGGUGAUGUCAAUGAGCCGCGGGAGCACUGCUCUCAUUGUCACAUCUUCUUCUGCUUCUCUUGCAGCUGUGAUGGAAGUUGCUGUGCCCUGCAGUGAGAUGUCAUCUCUUCUGCUGGCUGUACUGAAGACUUCAACAGUGAAGAAUGAGUUUGAUAAAGAUGUAAUUAUUGAUGAGUAG